AUGGUCUCCUACCGCUUCAUCACUCUCCUUGCUCUCGCCGUCACCGGAGCCAUCGCUGCUCCUUGUGAGGCUGGCGCAGGCGCCGGAGCCAGCGGAACUGGCGUCGCUGCUGCUUCCAACGCCCAGGCCACAGGUGCUGCCGGAGCUGGCGGUGCUGCCGGCGGAGCCGCAGGUGGUGCCGGCGGACAAUGCCCUCCCACCACCACCAACGAGAGCGCCGGGCCCGCCAACGUGGGCGUGGCCGGCAAGCAGUUCGUCACCGGCCAGUGCACCAGCGACGCCAACUGCGCCUCCAACUGCUGCGUCUUCGGCGGUGGAAACGACAAGACCAUCGCCGUCUGCCGCAACGAGCCCGCCCUCAAGCCCGAUGAGAAGUGCGGUUUCACCUGCACCGCUUAA